UUUUGCCUGUCGAUCGCCAUUAGCUUAUCGGAGUCGCGAUCUGAUCGGAUCCGAAAAGUCGAAAAAACAAAGUAAAAUUAAAUUAAUAAGCAAUUAGCCAGUGUAAACAGAGUGCCGUAAGCGGACUAACCGAACCAGCUGAACUAAAGUUUCGCUUUUGUUCCGCGGUGGAGCCAAAAUAAACAAGCGAGUGAAAGAAGGCAGGCGGUGGUGGAGAAGAAAGGAGGGGGGAGGAGAGGCGGAGGAGCGGACAACGAGGCAGAAACAAAAGCACGAAACGGCGGACAGAACCAGUCGAAACAAAACAACAAACCGGAGCGGACGCACUCGAAAAAAGUGAAUAAAAUUUAUUUCUGUGCUUAGUGCGAAGCUGUGUGAGUGCCACCGAUUGUACGCGCGCGUGUAUGUGUGUGUGCUGUGUAUAUUUAAACAAUAUUUAAAAAUCAUACGCCAGACGAAAAGCGAAGAUCUCCUCUCCGCCAACAACGAAGCGGAGCAGACAGAUAAAUAAAAACAGAAUCCGAGACAAAAACAACGCGACUGUGACGCGGCAAGGUGCUGGAGGUCACUCGGCCCAUUUCGCAUAGCACCACCCACCGCCACCCCCCGCGCAUUCAACCCCGUAACCAGUUCCAGUUCCAUCCGCCCGCUAAAAGCACGCGCGAUCUGAAAAAAAACUCUCUGAAAAAAGGCAAUAUAUAUAUAGAAAACACACAAAAAAAAAAUCAACACAAUAGCAAACUCACGCGCUUCGUCGUUUUAUUGCCCGCCCUCUCGACUGAUAAACGUCAGUUGAUAAAUAUAUAUCGCAUCACACUAAAACAAACACCAGCAAACAAACACCAAUUAUUCCAAUAAAGCCAGCGCCAAGUGCGAAUGCGCCCUCGAUUUGUAUGCCAUCAGCAGCACUCGGUUGCCCAUUCCCACUUCCAUCCCCAUUCCCAUUCCCACUACCAGUUCCAUCACCAUCCCAAUCCCCCGCAACAUUCCCACCACAUUUACGGCGCCACUGACGUCAGUUAUCGGCGUUAUCGCACCGCCAACAUGGUGGUGGCCGAGGGAGUUAUGGACUCCGGAUCGGGGAUCGGGAUGGCGGCCCACUACAAGGAGACCCCGUUAUCCGAACUGAGCUUCGAGACCCGGACCCAGCUCUCCCGCAUGCUGAACCGCAAGAAGGUGCUGCGAUCCGAGGAGGGCUACCAGCGGGACUGGCGUGGCAUCCUGGACCUGGCCAAGCAGAAGGACUUCGUCGAUGAGAACGCCAACGAUCCCAUGGGUCUGGUGCUCGUCAGCUGGAGCCAGCGGGACCCCCAGAACGCCACGGUCGGCAACCUCGAAGACUUUCUCGGCAUCAUCGAUCGAUGGGACGUCUGCGACGACAUUCAGGAAAAUCUUGCAAAGGACAUCCAGCGCUACAUUUUGAAGCAGGAGCAGCGACAGAACGCUCUUGCGGAGGCGUUUCCUUCUCCUCCCAGUGACUGUAUCGAAACCAACAACAACUACAGCAGCAACAACAACAUCACAGUGGGCCAAAGUGUCCAAAUCCUGAGCGAAGAAGAUCAGAGGUGUGCGCAGAUGGGCCAACCGCUGCCGAGGUACAAUGCCUGUGUUUUGUAUGCCGAGGCGGACCUCGAGCAUGCCACCGAGAUCAUGAAUAAUCUAGAGUCUGAUCGAUACAAUCUCCGACUCUUCCUGCGCCAUCGCGACAUGCUAAUGGGCGUUCCCUUCGAGCAUGUCCAACUUUCCCACUUCUUGGCCACCCGCUGUAAUUACCUGAUCGUCGUGCUAACAGAUGAGUUUCUUCGGAGUCCAGAGAACACGUACCUCGUGAACUUCACCCAGAAGCUUCAAAUCGAGAACAACAGUCGAAAGAUCAUACCGAUUCUGUACAAGACGGGUAUGCACAUACCCCACACCCUGGGUAUCUAUACGCACAUGAACUACGGCGGAGACUCCAAGUUGUUCAACUUUUGGGACAAGUUGGCCCGCUCACUCCACGAUCUGGAUGCUUCUUCUACCUUCUCCACGCGACCAGUGCAAACACCAUCGCCGGUGAAGGAAUCUGCUCCGCAGUUGGUCAGCACACCCAGCAUCCGGAUACAGAUCAACGAUAAGGAUGUGACCGACAUGCCCAACUUCAAGGUGCCGGAAGCAGAAACGACUUUGGUGUCGAUCUCCGGCAGCACCAGUUCCCCUACGCCGGAGCGCAAGCCGAAGAAGACGGAUCGCUUCCUGCGCAAGUUCACGCACAGCUUUGGCAAGACGCCGAAGAGCGAGAAGAGCAGUGCCAAGACCCUGCGACACGCCCACUCCGUCAGCACGAUCAAUGUGACGGAACGCGAAAGGACACUCAGUGCCAGCAGCUCCAAUAUCUCCACAACGUCGGAGAGCAAGAAGAGCUCCAUCAAGUGGCAGCCAAACAUCCUGAAGAAGGUCCUGUUCUCCCGGUCCAGCAACAAGCUGCAGACGCCGGGCUGAGUUCGCAACAAUUAGGAUAGCCAUUCAUUUGAUUCCUCCCGAUUCCUUGUCGUGUACCCAGUCUAGUUAUGGCCGAAAAAUCGGCUACGUCGUCACUCUCCAUGCUUAGUGAUAAUCCCUAGCCUAAUCCCUAUCAAAGUCAACUAACUUAAUAUAUACUUAGACGCACUUGUUAACUUAUAUAAGACAACAACGAAUAAAGACAAUACCAGAUAUCUGCACAAAAUGUAUCACAAAGCACAUAGGCAAACGACCGAAUACGAACCAAAAACGCUAUUUGUUUACGACGAUAGAUUUGAUAAACAGACAGACAAAUUGGCAAUUGCGCUGAGUGAGGUUAAAUGCGCGACACACUGCUAAUCGAAGCGCUCAAUUAACUGUUAGUCACGCGUUCGAUAAGUGACUUACUUAAUUAAAUUAUCUCAGUUGCUGUUCUCGCAACUCAUACCCCCAGCCCAGAUGAGUAAUGACCAUAUAUGCAUGUAUAAACUAUACACAUUCGUAGACUAUUGUUGCAUUGUGCGGGCAGUGCUUUAUCACUCUGUAAAUUGCUCAAGCAGUUCUAACCGAUUGCUAGCAAUAAGUAAUUGUUUGAUUUGGGUACCGCCUUGGGCCGGUUCUACCAUGUGAUUAGCUUUAACUGAUACCGAUUGUUACUGAUUGCUGUGAAUGCGUGACCAUAAGCCUAAUGUGCACUUAAACACACUUACUAAGAAGUAAGGCAAGGAUUGACAAUACAGUGAGACGCCACAAGGCGUCGACUUGUUGAUGUAUUGAAAAUCAUUGGCAUUAGUAUAUGUAUUUAUAUCUACACACUGUGCGUUCCACAAGCAUAAAGGGUUAACAACCACAUUAUGUUAAAGCAUUAAGCGAAAAUAAAAUCGGCUAUAAUGCGCUCAAUGUCGGGCAUCGAUCGUAGAUCUAAGACCUUCGCGCCACGUGUCAUUUAUGGUUAUGAAACGCACCGUUACCAUAUCGGAAAUGAGCAAGCUCCAGUUGAGCGGCAAUAAACUGUUCAAUGUUUGGCUCAAUAAUUUAUUGUUGAAUGUAGACAACCUUUAGUUCGUUCAUGUUUAAUAAACAUUGCUGUUGAUGUGUGAAUCCCCCGUAUAUUUACAUACAGUUGUUCGCAUACAUAUUGAGUGGAAAUGUUUAUCGACCAGUUCCGGUUAAUCUACAAGACAGUUCGAAUCGGUUUAAAUUUUUGUAUUUUUUUUGUUUUAUUUAUUUUCUGUUUUUUAUUGUUUAAAUCGUUUAAUGUUUUAAUAAUAGCUCCUCGCUCACAUUCCUCACUUCGUCUCUUCCUGCGUUUAAUUUCGCUCUCUGUGUGUUACAAUUUACACUGUGAACAAAUUUGUUUUUUUUUUUUAGCCUUACUGCUCCUUGCGACUUGAGCUUGUUCUUUAAACUUUGUUUUUUUUUGUUUUUGUUACUUUUUAAUUGAAUUUAUGUUUUUGUUUUUUGUUUGGUUGUUUCUCUGCUCAAUGUUGGUUUUAUGUGAGUGUGUGUAUUUAUAUAUCGAUUUAUAUAUGUUAUUAAUUUUAAUCUGUCGUUUGUUAUCCGCUUAGCUUGUUUUCCUUUGUUAGAGUUAUUUUAAUGAUUUCAUUAUCGUUUAACAAAAUUAAUAAAAACAGUUUGUAAUUUGUUUGCUCUUUGUUGUAUGUAUAUGUUAAUUGAUCAAUUUAUUCGUAAUUCGCAAUAUUAAAACAAUGUAACGCAUGAUGUUGCAUCUUCUGCCUCGA